AUGCAGCGAGGAGACAGGGCACAGAGCCAGACAGCAGGGGAAACGGAGACAGGGCCCACCGAGAUCAAAGCUGUGAUCGUGGGGGACGGAGGCUGUGGAAAGACCUCCCUGCUCAUGGUCUUCGCCAAGGGUGAUUUCCCCAGGGUCUAUGUCCCCACUGUGUUUGAGAAGUACUCUGCCUCCUUCCAGAUUGAUUUGCACCGGCUUGCCACCAAUCGGUGGGACACAGCAGGGCAGGAAGAUUACGACAGGCUCCGUCCCCUCUCCUACACAGGAGCCCAUGUGAUUCUCGUGUGCUUCGAUGUCACCAGCCCCAACAGCUUUGACAACAUUCUCACAAAGUGGUACCCGGAGGUGAAUCACUUCUGCAAGGGUAUCCCCAUUGUGCUGGUGGGCUGCAAGACUGACCUGAGGAAGGACAAGGUCCUUCUGAGGUGGCUCCAUGAGGACCAGCUGUAGCCCAUCACCUACCACAAGGCGGAGGCCAUGGCCCGGGAGGUGCAUGCUGUCACCUACUUCGAGUGCUCGGCCAAGUACCAGGAGAACAUCACCAACAUCUUCACAAAGGCCUCCAGUGCCAUGCAGAAGAGCCAGCACAAAUGGAAACUCAAGAGGAGCUGCCUGCUCUCCUAGCCAGCUCCACACUCCUCCUGGGGACGCCCCAAUGCCCUGCACCCAUCCCAGGGCCAGCACUGCCCUCCAGCAUCUCCAUGGGCAUCGGCUCCCACACAGCCAGGACCGAUGGCAGAUCUCGCCCUCCUUGCAACAGGCAUCACCAGGAGGUGAAUGAUGCCACAGGAAGGGCGAGUGCCUCCCCCAUAGUCUGACAUGGCUCCUUCUCCACUCUG